UGUAUAUUUAUCACGUUAUUUGAUAAUCAAUACCAAUUAAAAUAUACAAUUACAUCGUUUUGACUGUGGCGAGUCCCCAUUAAAAUUUGCGAUAAAAAUCAGGGAAACGAUGAUUAAUUUUCGAAUUAAGACUUUCGGUCGAUGGUCACACAAUAGUUUCGGACGUCCACAAAGGUAUUAUUUACAUACAUAAAUCGCCGAUAAUGACGACUGUUCUCUACCGUCUAAAGCACCCCAUUUCAGAGACUGGACUUAGUACAGUUCCUUUCAAUUUCAAAAAUCUAUUAUACAGACCGCUGCUCAUGCCAUAACAUCAACACAAAAGUCACGCUCAUUGGUUGGCAUGAAUAAAUAGUGGGCGGAGUUACGCACCAUGCACAUUGUAUUUUGUGAGAAAAGAAUGAUUGCUUUUAUAUAUUUCAGGAGUCGGGCAUAAUUCAUGUGAUAUUGUGUAAACAUUAGCUUGCAUGGGGAACGCAUAGUGUAUGGUUUUUGUCUAAAAAUCGCUUAUAAUACAAAUACGAUUAUUAAAGGGCUUGUGUAAAAACAGUAAGCUUCGGAUCGGUCCUACAUUCUAUAGAAGUCAUACUAGGUAUCUAGCGAUCGAGUGGAGGUGAGGACAAACUAAUAUUUGUGUACAUGAUUACUAAGAACAAUAACGGCUGGACAUGGUGUAUAUUCAGAGGACUCUAAGCAUGUAGGAAUUACAAUGCGUUUAUUGCCUUACAAAUGUAAUCAAAUGGAAUAAUAAUGUACAUGUUCUACACCUUGCUGAUCAACAAAUGAAAGUCAUCACAAGUCAAGUGUAAGCAGACGACAGUACAGGGACAACACUGGGUUAUCCGUGCAGAAUUCAUUAAAUGGGACUGGGGUCUGUUGUUGAGAGAAGUCUGCCUGGAUAUGAAGUCUAAUAAUGUUCAUCUUCAGCCUCGUCCAGGUCUUGUUGUCUCUGAGCACAGUCGUGGACGCUAGAGAAGCUGUCUAUACUAUAGACGAAGAAAACCAACCUGAUUAUUUUCUAGGGAAAGUGGCAGACGAUGCAAAAUUACAUGAACUUCUGACUACGGAAGAUGUUUCGGAUGUACAGUAUAAUAUUCUUUACGCUGGUAAUAAGGACACAAAUUGGUUCACAAUCAAUGACAAGACCAGUGCAUUAUUCGCCAGUCAAUCAAUUGAUAGAGAUGUGAUAUGCAAAUAUUUAACCACUUGUGUUCUUGAAUUUGACGUUAUCGGUCAAUCCUCUGGCAGUGGUUCCUUUUUUCAUAAAAUAUCCGUAUCAGUCACCGUUAAUGACCUAAAUGACAAUGCUCCAAAAUUUCCUAAUCCGGUUGUGCAGCAAAUUGUCUCCGAAGCCUCCGUUCCGGGGGCAGCAACGCCGCUCAUGGGUGCCGAGGAUCUGGACGCCGGAAGUAACGGCAUUCAAACGUAUCGAUUGUUGCCGGAAAAUGUUCCUUUUAACUUAACGGCGGAGUAUUAUGCUAAUGGAAGAUCUCAGUUGCAGUUAAUCGUCACAGGAAAAUUAGACCGAGAAACUGAAAAUAAUUACAACCUUCUCAUUCUUGCCGAAGACGGUGGGCAGCCGGCAAAAACGGGUACGCUGACCUUGAGCAUCGUUAUUGGUGAUAUUAAUGAUCAUCCUCCAAUAUUUGAGAAGGCGAUGUACAAUAUUUCUGUUGCCGAGGAUGUGUUGUCUCUGACCACUAUAUUGACGGUCAGCGCAACGGACGAGGACUCUGGUGAAAAUGGUCGCGUAAUCUACAGAUUAAGCAACCAUCAAGCUGAUAGCAUUCACAGAACCUUCAAAGUAGAGGCAACAACAGGUGAAUUAAAAGUAAUCAAAAGUUUAAUAGAGGAAAGAAAAGCAAACUAUGAAAUUAUCGUGGAGGCCUCUGACAAUGCUACAAAUCCUUUAAUCUCGCAGGUGCCCGUUUUUGUCACCGUUUUAGAUACACAAAACACUGCCCCUCAGGUCAUACUCAAUAUUUUUCCUAGUGGUGGAAGAACUCUUAAAGUAUUUGAAAACUCUGCAAUAGGAACCGUUUUAGCUUUAAUAUCUGUAAAAGAUCCCGACACGGGUCCAAACGGCCAUGUGGAAUGUGCAAUAAACGACGACAAAUUCAAAUUAAAGAAAUAUGACAACAGUGCUGAAUAUAAUGUAAUAUUAGAUAAAGCUUUAGACAGAGAGACUAAAUCUGUUCACCAGGUCAAUAUUACCUGUAGUGAUGCUGGUUCCCCUUCCCUCAGUGUUACUACUAUAUUUAGUGUUCAUGUAUCCGACUCAAACGACAAUCCACCAUUAUUCACCCAAAGUGUAUAUCAAACGACUGUCACAGAAAACAACCCAGUCCCCAUCAACAUAGGACAAGUUCAAGCUCAAGAUGCAGAUAAUACCAAAAACAUUUCCUACAGCAUUGAAAAUAGCAAUAGCUUAUCUCAGUGGUUUAAUAUUGAUAUUGUAAGUGGUGCAAUAUUUCUGAAUUAUUCUUUAGACAGAGAAACCUCGCCAGAAAUUGAACUUCAGAUCAAGGCUUUUGACAAUGGCUCGCCAUCAUUAACCGGGAGUGCAAUAUUCAAAAUUAAUGUUGCUGAUAUAAACGAUAACAAGCCAGUUUUCCAGUCCAAAAAGUUUGAAUACUGGAUUCCCGAAAACAUUUCAGUUAACACGAUGAUAGCGUCAUUAGGUGUUUUUGACUAUGACGCUGGACUGAAUGGGAAACUAUCUCUCUCUGCUUCAUCAGACGACGGGUAUCAUUUUCUACCUUUCAUGUUCUUUGAGAACGGAUCUAUUUUCACUUCUGGAUUAUUAGACAGAGAAGAAAUAGAUAUAUAUCGGAUAAACCUUGUAGCUUAUGAUCAUGGAUCACCUUCCCUUAAUUCUUCCGUUAACCUUACGGUUCAUGUCCAAGAUGUCAAUGAUAACACACCGGCAAUCCAAUUUCCUUCCAUCGACACUCCCUAUUUAGAGAUUCCUUAUACUUCAACAGAAAAAACCGUAAUUAUGAACAUACAAGCUACAGACCAAGAUGAGGGGGACAAUUCUCGAGUUAAUUAUUUUCUAGAUGGCGACAAUGUCACUGCUGAGAUGUUUUCUCUUCAUAACGAGACUGGUCAACUUCUAUUGAGUCGCGAUUUAAGAAUCAGCGAUGUUGGUGUCCAAAGUUUCUUCAUUAUUGCCCGGGACAAUGGCAAAACUCCGAGGGAAGCCACCAGAGCGUUUGGAAUUAAAAUUUCUACUCAAUCAGCCUCUGUCCACCCACUGGCAGAGGAGGAGUCCGUCAGAUAUUACGCAAUCGCCAUAGCUAUCGGCUGCGUCACCAUUGUUUUGUCUGCUAUCAUCAUCAUCGCCAUCUGUUACGUCAGACGACGGGACCGCCAUAAAGCGGAUACUUCCAACGGAAGUGUGACGUCAAAUUCGACGUUGGAGACCGAUCUUAGUCACAGCGAAAUCCGGAUGAACGGCGGGUUCAGCAAGACAUACGUACAACCAAGUGUCGCAAAACCAGCAUGGCGACCCCGUGAAAAACAGGUCUCCUUCAAAGAAACGACAGAACUUACAGAAAAGUUUAAUAGAAGUCCCCAGGAAGCGGAAGUUGUAUCUGAUGACGUGGUAAUUUGGGACUGGAGUACGAGUGAGGCUGGGGAUACCUAUUACCCGUAUAGCGACCCCUAUUCCUCGUUGCAGAAAAAGAGACAGAUUCCGAACCUUUACAGCAAAAACCAAAUGGAGUGGGCAUCUGACAACGAGAAUGUGCAAUGGACACCGCAUUGUGAUGUGAUGAUUUGAGAGGAAAGGCAGCUCAGCAUUAUGUGUACCCAUUGUCAUUUUUAGAAGUGUGUAAAAACUAUAUUUAUAUCCAAUGUUUUUUAACUAUGUACUUUCCACUACCCAGUUUAUUUUUGCGGAGGAAAUAAUUGAACUUUUAGUGUUCUGCAUUUACGUGCACUUGUUACCAUUCCUGAAAAAGUUACACAGAAAACAUUCAGACAUCAAAAGAUACUUCAUGGAUGUUGCUCAAAGGAAAAGGUUCCAUUCAAAAUCUGGAUUAUACGUAUUAAACAUCGAUCUUCGCCAACAGCAAGCAACAUGCAAUCAAGGUGUACACCCGUCAUCUACCUCACGACCGCCGGUCGUCAUUGGUUGGCCACGGUCAUGUGGUCGGCCGCGGAGUUACAUGUAUAUGGGUCGGAUCUUAUGGAAAGAAAAUAUGGAGGAUUCUAUCAAUACACUUUGAUCAGUCAUACAGCUGGAAAAAAAUUUGCCGACGUCUUUCACAUGAUGAAUUUCCUAAGGUUAUAUAUUGAUUCAGAGGUGUUUGUACUAAACUGAAAAAAAUCAAUAAAUUAAAAAAAAUGAAAA